UUAUUGACUGAUCAGGAAUAUAUCUGACUUACGAGAAAUGGAAUAAUAUUUUACAAAUCUCAGUUGAUAUCUGUCAUCAUUGCACUUAAACAAAUUGUAUGUACUGUUUUGAUAUUAGAAACUUGAACUGCACCAAGUGGUCUUAGUGGAGGUCAAUUAUUGAUAAAUUAAUGAACGGAUACGGAUUUUUUACUAAAUAUUCCUACGAAUUCCACAAAUAUAAUAGAUAGAAUUCAAAAUGGAAUCGUCAACUUAUGAAAACCAAAUUAAUGAAAUUGCUAAAACCUACGACCGCACAAGUACCAGAAUUAUAAACACACUAACUUUUUUCGUGAAUGGAAAAGAGAUUAAUGAUAGCAACAUUGAACCUGAAUGGACGCUACUUUACUAUCUCAGAAAUAAAUUACGUUUAUAUGGAACAAAGUUGGGGUGUGCAGAAGGAGGAUGCGGAGCUUGCACUGUUAUGAUCUCAAAGUUCGAUCGAAAAACUAAUAAAAUCAUUCAUGUAGCGGCUAAUGCAUGCCUCACGCCGGUCUGCGCUGUUCAUGGCAUGGCUGUCACCACCGUGGAAGGAAUCGGCAAUACAGCGACCAAACUUCAUCCGGUGCAGGAACGUAUAGCCAAGGCUCAUGGGUCGCAGUGUGGAUUUUGCACUCCCGGCAUCGUCAUGUCAAUGUACGCUUUACUGAGGACGAAGCCAUUGCCUAAAAUCGAGGAUAUGGAAGUUGCUUUUCAAGGAAACUUAUGCAGAUGUACAGGAUAUCGAGCAAUAAUCGAGGGUUAUAAGACUUUCACGGAAGAAUGGGAACUCUCUCGUUUAUCAAGGGAUGAAAGCUCCGAUCGACCUUGCUCGAUGGGUGAUGCUUGCUGUAAAAAGGCAUUUACCUCGGAACCAUCGGAACUUUUUAGUGCUAAAGAUUUUUUACCAUACGAUCCCUCUCAAGAACCUAUUUUUCCUCCCAAGUUGCAGUUAUCCUCCAAUUUUGAUGACUCAAACUUCGUUGUCAAGGGUAAAGAAGUUUCAUGGUACAGCCCAGUCAAUUUAUAUGAUAUUUUGGUUCUAAAACGCCAAUAUCCAAAUUCUAAAAUUAUUGUUGGCAAUACAGAAGUUGGCGUGGAAGUCAAAUUCAAACACUACGUUUAUCCAGUACUGAUUCAUCCAAUAAAAGUACAAGAACUUCGGGAAAUUACAGAAUUAGAUAAUGCAAUGAGAAUAGGUGCAAGUGUGACGCUCACAGAAAUGGAAGAAUCUUUAAAUCAUCAAAUCAACACGAAACCAGAGGAGAAAACAAGAAUUUUCAAGUCAAUAGUAGGGAUGUUGAAUUGGUUUGCUGGAAAACAAAUACGAAAUGUUGCAGCCAUAGGAGGCAAUAUUAUGACUGGCAGCCCUAUAUCAGACAUGAAUCCGAUAUUAAUGGCAGCAAGAAUUAAACUGAAUUUAUGCAGUCUCGAUCGUGGGUUUAGAUCAGUUACAAUGGACCAUUCAUUUUUCGUUGGAUACAGGCGUAAUAUCAUUGCUCCUGAUGAAGUACUUUUAUCAAUAGAAAUUCCAUUCUCUACGGCAGAUGAAUACUUUGUUGCUUAUAAACAAUCUAAAAGAAGGGAUGAUGACAUUGCAAUCGUUAAUUGUGCAUUUAAUAUAUUUUUCGAGCCAGGAACUAGUAUUGUCAGUGAGGCCUACAUUGCUUAUGGAGGAAUGGCACCAACAACUAUUUUAGCGAGAAAAACUAGUGAAUUAAUGAUCGGCAAAAAAUGGAAUGAACAUAUGGUCGAAGCUGUAACAGAUUCUUUAGUUAAAGAAAUACCUUUAUCUGGUGAUGCUCCUGGCGGUAUGAUACUUUAUCGACGAUCGCUAACUUUGAGCUUAUUUUUCAAAGGGUUUAUAUUCAUUUUGAAAAAGUUACGAGCUGACGGAAAAAUUAUAGAUGAAAUACCAAUGGAAAUUGAAAGUGCUGGCGAUGAAUUAGAAUUCAAACCACCAAAAAGUUCAGUCUAUUAUCAGAUGAUUCCCAAUGACCAACCUGAAACUGAUUUAAUCGGGCGACCGAUUGUACAUAUGAGUGCAUUUAAACAAGCAACUGGUGAAGCUGUGUACUGCGACGAUAUUCCACGAGUAGCUGGAGAAACCUAUAUAACCUUGAUUUUGUCAACAAGAACACAUGCUAAAAUUUUGAAUAUUGAUUAUUCACAAGCUUUGGCUUUGGAUGGUGUUGAGGGAUACGUAGAUGCCAAUGAUAUUCCAACUGGUAGAAAUCUUGUAGGUCAAAAAUUUUGGGAUGAAGAAGUUUUUGCAUCAAAAGAGGUCCUUAGUCAAGGCCAAACUAUCGGAGCAAUAAUAGCUGUUGAUCAGAUAACGGCUCAAAAAGCUGCUAAAUUAGUAAACAUAGAGUAUGAAGAUAUUCAACCCCAGAUCAUAACAAUCGAGGAUGCUAUAAAACACAAAUCGUUUUUCAAUGAGGAGCCUAUAACUGUUUGUAACGGUGACGUCGAUAAAGAAUUCGCUAAAUCCGAUCACGUACUCGAAGGGGAAAUAAGAAUAGGUGGCCAAGAGCAUUUUUACUUGGAAACUCAAUGUACGUUUAUAAAUUUUCGCGAGAAUGGCGAACUCGAAAUGUUUACCUCAACCCAAAAUCCAACUUCGAUUCAGAGGCUCACUGCGCACGUUUUAAAUUUGCCGAUGAGUCGUGUCAAUGUUCGGGUUAAGCGAUUGGGAGGUGGUUUCGGUGGCAAAGAAACUCGAGAGGCUCUUGUCGCCCUACCUGCUGCAGUGGCUGCUUACAAGUAUAAAAAACCUGUAAGAUGCAUGUUAGAUCGAGAUGAAGAUAUGAUGAUAACUGGAACUAGACAUCCAUUUUUAAUCAAAUACAAAAUUGGAUUUACUAAUGAAGGUAUACUGACUGCUGCAGAGGCGGACAUGUACAAUAAUUGUGGUUACUCAACAGACUUAUCACCAGCUGUUUUAGAAUGUGCUCUGUUUUAUCUGACUAAUGGGUACCAUGUUCCCAAAGCCAAAGUUUGUGGCUACAUGUGUAAAACCAACUUACCAUCAAAUACUGCCUUUAGAGGCUUUGGUGGUCCACAAGGGAUGUUUUGUGCUGAAACUAUGAUUCGACACAUUGCCGAUUACUUAGGAAAAGAUAGUGUCGAGAUUAUGGAGAAAAAUCUAUACAAACCCGACGAUAUAACAUUUUAUAACCAAAAACUAGAACACUACACUUUGAGAAAAUGCUGGGAGGAAUGUUUAUUUUCAUCAAAUUACAAAGAACGUAUUAAGGACGUAAAUGAAUUCAAUAAUCAACACCGUUUCAAAAAGCGUGGAAUCAGUGUAGUGCCCACUAUGUUUGGCAUAGGAUACGAAGUCGAUUUUCUGAACCAAGGGGGUGCAUUAGUUCAUGUUUAUACCGAUGGUUCAGUUCUUGUGAAUCACGGAGGAGUGGAAAUGGGACAAGGUCUUUACACGAAAAUGAUUCAGGUUGCAAGCAGAGCACUGAGAGUCAAUCCAGAUAAAAUUUAUUCUUCAGAAACGACUACUGACAAAGUUCCAAAUACUUUGGCCACUGCGGCGAGUUUAGGAUCCGAUUUGAAUGGAGCAGCUGUCCUGGAUGCUUGCAACAAAAUAAUGUCUCGAAUCAAGUACAUAAUAGAUGAGAAUCCCGAAGGAACUUGGGAGCAAUGGAUCGAUAGAGCCUACCUUGAUAGAGUUAGUCUCUCGGCAACGGGAUAUCACCGUACUCCAGAAAUGGGAUACAGUUUUGAAACUAAUUCUGGAAGACGUUUCAAUUAUUUUACUUAUGGAACCGCUUGUACGGAAGUUGAAGUCGAUUGUCUAACCGGAGAUCACGAAGUUCUUCGAAGCGACAUAGUGAUGGAUCUUGGUCAAAGUAUAAAUCCAGCCAUUGAUAUAGGGCAAGUUGAAGGUGGAUUUAUGCAGGGAUAUGGAUUAUUUACGAUGGAAGAAAUGAUUUAUUCCCCCAACGGAGUUGUUUUCAGCCGAGGCCCUGGAGUAUACAAAAUACCCAGUUUCACAAAUAUACCUCGAGAAUUCAAUGUAUCGCUUUUGAAAGGAUCGUCGAACCCACGAGCGGUGUUCUCGUCAAAGGCUGUUGGUGAGCCGCCUUUAUUCUUAGCAUCUUCGGCACUAUUUGCCAUUAAAGAAGCUAUCAAAGCUGCUCGAAAAGAUAUGGGAUUGCACGACUACUUUAGAUUCGAUUCUCCGGCUACUGCAGCGCGUAUACGCAUGGCUUGCGUCGAUCGUUUCACUAAAAAGAUUGGCGACGGCGACGGAAAAACUGCGUGGAAUGUAAUACCAUAAAUUUUACCACAGUGAUAGUUAAUUAUGUAAUGAAAAAAUUUUUUUAUUUAAAUUUUGUAUUGCUCCACAGCUACAAUUUUGAUAUUGUAUAUGGUAUACUAAUUUAUGUAGAUAUGAAUUGAAUCGAUAAUUAUUAUUAUUAAAAUAAAAAUUACGUUUCGAAAUGUCGCACCCGUUAUUCACUGCAUAUCUGUCACAACAUCCUUUCGAGAUUGAUCCUGUUACAUCUAAAGUUACGAGCGAUUUAUGGCAAUUGCACAACUCAUUCGAUC